AGUUACUCAAUCAGUUGACAGCUGUGGACCCAGAAGUAACCUCUGUACUCAAUGACUUCUCAGAUCUCUGCAUCAGGCAUGAGGCAAAGAACUGCUCCCAACAAGAUGUGGCUGAUUUCUCUGGUUCUCUGUUCCUUUAUUGUGUUCACAACUCAGGAGUCAGAGUCCUCAGCACCUGUCGUGGACACUGAAUAUGGGAAAGUCCAAGGAAAACAAGUGAUACUACAACAAUUUGGCAAAACUGUCAAGGUUUUCCUGGGAGUCCCUUUUGCCAAAGCCCCUCUUGGAGACCUGAGGUUUGCUCCACCACAGCCCCCUGAGCCCUGGGACUAUGUGAAGAAUACUACUACAUAUCCGCCCAUGUGUGCCCAAAUUCCAAUUGGAGGGGAAAUAAUCGCAAAACUUUUCAUCAAUGAUUUUUCCUUGGAAAAAUCUGAAGACUGUUUGUACCUGAACAUUUAUACCUCAGCUGACCUGUCAACAAAGACUAAGUUACCUGUGAUGGUAUGGAUUCAUGGAGGGGCUUUUUUGGUGGGUGAAGCUUCAACUCUUAAUGGUAUGUACCUCUCUGCUCUUGAGGAUGUUGUUGUGGUGACCAUUCAGUACCGUCUGGGAAUCUUUGGAUUCUUUAGCACUGGAGAUGAGCAUGCCCGAGGGAAUUGGGGUUACUUAGACCAAGUGGCUGCACUCCACUGGGUCCAGAAGAACAUUGGCAACUUUGGAGGAGACUCAAGCUCAGUGACUAUCUUUGGUGUGUCAGCAGGUGGUAUGAGUGUUUCAGCAUUGAUUCUUUCUCCUUUGACCACAAACCUCUUCCACCGAGCCAUUUCCCAGAGUGGAGUUGCCAUUACGGAAUCUCUAUUCAGCUCUAACAUCAAACCAACAGCUGAGAAAAUUGCAGACCUUACUGGGUGUAAAACAACCACUUCAGCCAGCAUGGUUCACUGUAUGCGACAGAAGACAGAAGAAGAGAUUCUGAACACAACUCAAAAGAUGGAAUUAUUCACUCUGGAUUUCCUAGGAGACCCCACACAGAAAAUUGCAAUACUCCCUGCAGUUGUGGACGGAAUAUUUUUUCCCAAGAGUCCCAAAGAACUCCUCCUUGAAAAGCAAUUCAGAAAUAUCCCCUAUAUCGUGGGAAUUAACAGUGAUGAAUUUGGCUGGAUUCUUCCAACUGUGUUGGAAUAUCCUCUAUCAGAAAACACACUGGAUCAAGAGAAAGCAACAGCUCUUUUGUGGAGCUCUUACCCACUUGUUAAAAUACCCAAAAACCUGACUCCUGUGAUAACUGAACAAUAUCUUGGAGUGACAGAAGAUUCUAUCAAAAAGAAAUGGCUGUUUUUGGACAUGUUGGGGGACUUGUUCUUUGGGAUACCAUCUGUAAUAGUGGCUCGACAUCACAGAGAUUCAGGUGCACCUACCUACCUAUACCAAUUUGAGCAUCGAUCAAGCUUUGGGGGAAACUUGAAACCAGUGACAAUAGGUGCAGAUCAUGGGGAUGAAUUUUUCUUCGUUUUUGGGAUUCCAUUUGUAAAUGAGCAUUCCCCAGAAGAAGAGAAACAACUUAGCAGGACAAUGAUGAAAUACUGGGCCAACUUUGCUCGGAAUGGAAAUCCCAAUGGUGAUGGCCUGCUAAACUGGCCUGUAUAUGAUCAGAAUGAAAAGUACCUUCAAAUUAAUGUUAACAUGAAGACAGCCAAGAAGCUAAAAGAAAAGGAAGUGGCAUUUUGGACUGAGAUCACAGCAGAGAAGCCAGUUGGAAUAACUAGAGAGAAUAUAGAGCUAUAAUUUGGAAUUAUCUACUAUUUCUCUUUCAAUGGAAACUCAAUAAGAAAAUCAUUCAAAUUCGUAUGGAUAUCUGGUUCUUUAAUAGUGGAAGAACCUUUCAGCAAAGAUGUGGGGAAGUCGGCAUUGGACUAAGGAUAAAUAGAACCAGCCAACUAUCAACAUAUUGGGCAAUUAUUGGAAGAUAAUGACCCCAAAGCUUUUGCACUGGGGACAUUAUAGGAUUGCCUUGUUUUCAGAUUGCUCCAAAUAACUGCCUUUCCAUACAUAUGAUUUGCUUUAGGUUAUACUAAACGAAAUCCUCUUUAUUUGUGAUUCUUGCUACCUAUGCACAUAUUUUUGACUGAGACAUGGAAAUAAAUAAGUCCACAUUUUAAAUAA